GUACUGCAUCAUUACUUAUAACCAUGGAGCCGUGAUUUAUUGUCGGAGUCACCAUUACUUUGGGAAUUCAAGGAGGGAUUUCCAAGCUCACUCAUUGACCGAUACACAUACCUGGGCCGAUAUUACCUUCUGCACAAGUGUAGUUUCGGGGAAACAGGAGUAUGGUGCCAGGAAGUCCUGAGGAAACACCUUUUCUCAAGAUGGAGACAUUGACCCCAAAAGUCUUCAUCAUCAGCAUGUUCAAGAAUGAGGCUGAAAUAUGGCAAUCAGCACCCGACAGACUCGAUGUCAAAGUCAACUUGAUCCAUAUCCCAGGCUUGUGGAAAGAGUAUCCUAAAAUUUAUUGUUCAAAGGAUGCGGAUGUCUGCCAAGUCGUCACAGGCGAAGGAUUAAUAAAUGCUGCUUUGACCAUAUCAGCUCUCGUUGCCUCUCCACUGCUCGACCUCAGUAAAACAUACUUCCUGAUCGCUGGAGUAGCAGGCAUCAAUCCUAAAAUGGGCACCGUGGGCAGUGUUGUUCUGUCGAGAUAUGCCGUUCAGGUCGAUCUUCAAUACGAAUUUGACUCUAGGGAGAUUCCAACAGGUUGGAAGACAGGAUAUGUUCCCCAAGGAGCAAAUAAUCCUACUGAAGCUCCAAAAUUCAUUUAUGGGACUGAAGUCUAUGAACUCAAUAGCAAACUGAGGAAACUGGCCAAAGGCUUUGCUGAAAGAGCAACAUUAUCCGACUCUGAAGCUGCCCAGGCUUUUCGAAGUCGGUAUUCCGGCCCAUCCAGCAAUGUUUUUGAAGCCGCGACCAAAUCUCCAAGUAUAUCGGAGGGAGAUGUGCUAUCAGCCAAUACAUUUUUCCAUGGCCAUCUGCUUUGUGAAGCAUUUGAAGAAACAUGUCGCUCUUUCACAAAUGGCAAAGGGAGCUACUAUGUGACAGCCCAAGAAGACAAUGGAACUUUAGCUGCCUUACAUAGAGGUGCUGUAUCGAAGAAGCUUGACUUCUCACGCAUUAUCAUACUUCGGACAGGUUGUAACUUCGACCGUCCUCCCCCAGCAGAGUUUUCCGAAAUGCCUCUGCAUUCUAGCCAUGGUGGCUUUGAGAUCGCGAUAGAGAACUUGUACAGUUCUGGUAUAGAGAUUGUGGAAGGCAUAUUGUUGGGCUGGCAAGAGACAUUUGAGGCGGGCAUAGUACCGGACAACUAUGUUGGAGACGUUUUGGGACAAUCAGGUGGACGUCCCGACAAAUUAUCCGAGAAUUAGAGAAAGUCCCGACUGUCAAACAGUAAUCGCGAUCGAAGACAUAGAGAUCCUGAAAGUAUACUCAACCUAGCUUCAUUCAUCGAUCAGGUAC